AUGGCGUACCAAAGGUUGAACGAGAUGUGGUGCGACGGUCUUGCCGGGAAGAUAGCAGCGGCGGAGGCGCGAGAGCAGGCGAAGCACGAGGACGCGGAGCGCUUGGCGAAACGGGAGGCUGCUCUGGCUGCUGCGGCGAGGAAGCAGGAGGAGGAGCGUGCGGCUGUUCUGGCGGAGCGUGAGGCGUAUCUCCAAGCGGCUAGGGCGAAGCAGGGGGCGCUCCGAUCGCGGCUGAAGGAGCUGGAGCCCCGCCACCAGGACCCGCGAGCAGCCCCCCACCCCCGUCGCCGUGUUAUCUUUCCCCCCCCCACGCAAUCCCAGGUGCACCUUGGUUCCCAUCGUACCGCCUUGCCGCACGAGAAGGAGCGCGAGGUGGCGGCGUUUCCGACGAACGAGCAGGAGCGGAAGAGGACAGCGACUCCGGAGUUUUCGGUGACUUUUGGUCUUCCGGCUGGUGCUGAGACGGGGCAUCGUUUGCGGCGGCAACCACGGUGUACGAAUUCCACGUAGGAGAUACAGCGUUCCUGUCCCGCCAGUUGGAGAUGCCUGAAGAAGAUGUCACCUUCCACGACGAAGAUAAAUUGACAGCUCUUUUUGCAUGGGCUGGCAUCAAACAACUUGUCCGUGCACAAUUCCCCCCACCGCACACCGUUGCUUUCGGGCACAUCUACCACACACCGUACCUCGCGAAACUUCCGCCUUCUUCGCGGCAGUCCGUGUUCCAGCUGUUGUUCGCUCUCCGUCGUGCCACCUUUCAUGAAGGUCCUCAAGGAACGUCGGUGGUGACCCAGGAGGGAGGACUCCAGCUGCCUCUUGCUCGUGCUGCUUCGACCAACGACUUCAAGCACGAUCUACAAGCCCCCCGGCAGGCCUCUUCACGCCCAGCACAUGGUUCUGGAGAAAACAAGGAUUUCGGUAGGUCGGCGGCUCCGGUGUCCAAGAGCUGGAAGAACCGUUGGGGCGACCGGGAUUCGACGGCCAAGAGCAGGACGGACGACCACCACCGCUUCACCCAGUCUUCGCGAGGGCGC